AUGAACAGCGACAAGGAAAAGGAAUCCAGCGAUGCGAUGCGCAGUCAAGACGGGUACGGGUCAGAAAUGCCCAGGGACCCGGACGCCCACCUCUCGGCGGAGGAGAAGGCAGAGGUUGAGCGCAAACUGCUUUGGAAGUUGGACUGGAUGCUUCUGCCAUGGCUCAGCUUUCUCUACCUGUUGGCUUUCCUUGACCGGACCAAUAUUGGAAACGCAAAGAUCGCCGGCUUAUCAAAAGACUUGGGCCUCAGUGUGAGCCGCUACAAUGCGACUCUCACCAUCUUCUUCGUGUCAUACGCCGUCUUUGAGCCCAUCACCAACAUCCUGCUGAAGAGGCUCCGCCCAUCCAUAUUCCUCCCUAUCAUCAUAUAUGGGCUCCCGUUUGCGUGGUACUCAUCAGCCAAUAAUCCCAGGGUGCUAUGGGGCGCCAGCAUGCUCGGCAUGGGCUUCGUCAAAAAUUGGUCAGGACUAAUGGCCGCGCGGUGGUUCCUUGGUCUGACGGAAGCGGGCCUCUUCCCCGGGGUCAACUACUAUCUCUCCUGUUGGUACAAGCGCUCCGAGUUCGGCGUUCGGGCGGCCAUUUUCUUUUCUGCGGCCGCCAUUUCCGGCUCGUUUGGCGGGCUCCUGGCCGCGGCCAUCGAACAGAUGGACGGGAUUCGCGGCAUCCGCGGGUGGGCAUGGAUUUUCAUCCUUGAGGGUCUCCUCACCAUAGUGGUCGGCAUCAUCUCCUUUUGGAUGGUGCAUGACUUCCCCGACGACGCCAAGUUCCUGUCGGAAGACGACCGCGCCCGGAUCAUCCGCCGCCUCAAGCUCGACCAGCAGGCCUCAGCCGACCACGAGAAGUUCCAGAUGAGCUUCUUCUGGCAGGCCCUGCGCGACUGGAAGAUGUGGUUGGGCAUGGCGAUCUAUAUGGGCUGCGACAUGCCGCUCUACGCGUUCUCGCUCUUUCUGCCCACCAUCAUCAACAACCUGGGCUGGAACACAAGCGUCGUACGAUCACAGCUCAUGUCGGUCCCGCCUUACGCCGCUGCCGCCAUUCUGACGGUUAUUAUCGGGUUCGUCGCCGACCGCACGCGCGCACGCGGCCUCUGCAAUAUCCUCGUGUCCCUUCUCGGCGUCGCGGGCUUCGCGAUGCUGUUGGCCACGGACAACGCAGCCGUGCAAUAUGCCGGCACCUUCCUUGCCGCCCUGGGCAUCUACCCCUGCAUCUCGAACACGAUCACCUGGGUGGCCAACAACGUUGAGGGCGUGUACAAGCGCGGUGUAGUGUUGGGCUUUGUUAUCGGCUGGGGCAACCUCAACGGCAUCGUCAGCAGCAACAUCUACUUCAACGGCCCGCGGUUCCCCGAAGGCCAUGGUGUGAUCAUGGCAUAUCUCGCUAUCUUCCUGUUUGGUGGCUCAGUGCUCAUGUCGUGGUUACUAAGGCGCGAGAAUGCCAAGCGCAAGAGGGGAGAGCGCGACCACUGGGUGGAGGGCUUGAGUGAGAAGGAGGUCGAGAAGCUCGGCGACAUGAGGCCUGAUUUCUUGUAUACUGUUUGA